AUGGGCGCAUCGGAGAUCACAUCCAAGGUUCCAAAGCCAGAAACGGCUCAAAGUGUGGAGAUCCUCAAGGUUCAAAAUGAAGAUGAAUUACGUUUGGCCCAGAUGGGCCAUAAACAAGAGUUGAAGCGACAUUUCUCGGUGUGGAGUUUGAUUGGUCUCGCAGCCAACUGUACCAUCUCAUGGACGGGUCUUGGUUUGGGUCUGAUCACGGCACUGAACUCUGGUGGCCCUGGUGCCCGUAAGCCCAUCCCAACGCAUACCCCUUGCAAAACGGCUUCAGCGCUGAUGACCUUAGUAAUCUACGGCUUUAUUCUUGUUUUCAUCCUCCAAUCCUUUGUUGGUGCCUCUCUGGCAGAGUUCGUGUCCGCAUAUCCGACCGAGGGAGGAAUGUACCAUUGGAUUGCGGCUAUCGCCCCGAAAAGAUAUAAUAGUCUGUUGAGCUUUGCGACAGGAUGGUGCACAGUUUUUGGAUGGAUUUUCACUACAGCGUCAACCAACCUUAUCUAUGCGUCGACGGUCAUGGCUUUAAUUGCAUUAUACCAUGACAAUUUGGUUGUUAAGCCUUGGAUGACCUUCGUUGCAUAUCAAAUCUUGAAUAUAUUCACUUCGGGAAUCGUCAUGUUUGGCAACCGCUUUAUCCCAGCGAUUAACAAGUUCUCUUUGCUUUAUCUGCAGUUGGCAUGGUUUAUUACAAUGGUCACCGUAGCUGCAGCUGCACCAGCGCACAACGAUAGCAAAUUUGUGUUUGCGACUUGGAUGAACAAGACAGGAUGGGAUAACAAUGUGAUGUGCUUUAUAACGGGGUUGGUGAAUCCCCUUUACGCGUUGGGUGGGCUAGAUGGGAUUUCGCAUAUCACUGAGGAAAUGCCAAAUCCUGGCAGGAAUGCCCCUCUGGGCCUUGCAAUCACCCUCUCGAUUGCGUUCGUGACCGGAGUCUCCUACUUGCUCAGCUUGAUGUUCUCAGUUCAGAACUAUGACAGACUGGCAGAUACACGAACAGGCCUACCACUAGCUGAGAUUUUCCACCAAGCAACCUCGACAAAAGGAGGAGCGUUCGGCCUGGUCUUCAUGGUCUGGGUUGCACUUGGACCGUGUGUGAUCGGCUCCCAACUUAGUACUGGACGUGUAUUUUGGGCCUUCUCUCGUGAUAAUGGCCUCCCGCUUUCUCAUAUCUGGGCUCGUGUCAAUCCUAGACUUGGAUCUCCUUUUAACGCCCAACUCUGUGUAGGAGUGAUCAUUGCUUUGCUGGGCUGUAUUUAUCUAGGAUCCAGUACUGCAUUCAAUUCGAUGAUGAGUUCCGCGGUGACGAUUAACAACCUCGCCUAUAUUGUUCCAAUCCUCACGAAUGUAUUGCUUCGCCGGCGGACAAUGCAUCGUGGUCCGUUUUCAAUGGGCCAGUUCACUGGAAUGACGGUAAAUAUAAUUGCGGUCCUAUGGUUGGUCUUUGCGAUUAUCUUCUUCUCUUUCCCUUUUGAAAUGCCUGCAACUGUUUCGAACAUGAAUUAUACAUGCGUCGUUGUUGGUGGGUUCUUGAUUAUAGAGCUAGUAUGGUGGCUCGUUGCGGGCAGAAAAUACUCUCAGACGGUACAGCGGGCUAGAGAGGAGCAUGAUACAGCGAUGGUUGUGGAGGAACAGCAUAAAGCGUAG